AUUUCAUACGUACGCCGUCCUGUCUGUGGGGUCCUGAGGCUGUAAUCACCCUGUCCUCUUAAUAGUCAGGUGCAUUUGCAGCAUAAAUGUCUGACGAUGGGAAUCUGAAUUCCCUCACAUCUUGGCUUGUCAUGGAAAAAAUGUUGAGCAAUGGCCGGGGUCCAUGGCUGCGGCUGCUGAGAGGCAGGUGCAAUAUCAUCGACGAAGGCAUUUCGCUGCUCGGCAUGGGCUCAACGAGGGCCGAUCCACAGGCUGGCCCGCUCCGCACCCUCUGCUCCCCGGAUCUGAUGCUCUCUGCGGGAGGAGAGCUGUAGCUGGGCCGCGUCUGGAGGCGAUACAACGGGCUGCUGCUGGAGGAGGAGGGGGCCCACUUUACAUCAAAAUAUUAGAGCCGUCUCGCCUUACAGGCCUGAAAAACUGUUUGAGGCGCAGCAUCUGGAAAUCAGAAGCUGCCAAGAUGAUGGAGCUGCAGAUAGACGAGGUGGUCUACCAGGACGACUACGGCUCCGGCUCCGUGAUGUCGGAGCGGGUGUCCGGUUUGGCCAACAGCAUCUACCGGGAGUUCGAGCGGCUGAUCCGCAGCUACGACGAGGAGGUGGUGAAGGAGCUGAUGCCGCUGGUGGUGAACGUCCUGGAGAACCUGGACGCGGUGCUGACGGAGAACCAGGAGCACGAAGUGGAGCUGGAGCUGCUGAAGGAGGACAACGAGCAGCUCAUCACCCAGUACGAGAGGGAGAAAGCGCUUCGCAAGCAGGCGGAGGAGAAAUUCAUUGAAUUUGAGGAUGCAUUGGAAGCUGAGAAGAAGGACCUGCAGGUGCAGGUGGAGUUUCUGGAGCUGCAGGCGAAACAGCAAGAGCUCAAGACAAAGAAUUAUUCUGACCAGAUCACUCGGUUGGAAGAGCGAGAAUCAGACAUGAAGAAAGAGUACAACGCCCUGCACCAGCGCCAUACUGAGAUGAUCCAGACGUACGUUGAGCACAUAGAGCGGUCCAAAAUGCAGCAGGCAGGGAGCAACAGCCAAUCAGAAGGCCCCGGCUGUGGACGAACUCAACGCCACACAUGGAGGAAAAGCAGCAAAGCGGAGCGCCCACCUUCAUUGAGCCUGUACCCCAGCGGCGAGGGCAUGGUACGUGGGGGUCUCGGGGGGGCUAGGAUGAUGCCCGGGAAAGACAUCUGGCAGGUCAGCGAGCUCGGCCAGUCUACCUUCUGCUCCGCCUAUCAGGAGGAUGGAUCAGAGUCCGACUCGGUGGCGGCCACACCCAGCAGCACAGGAAGCAAGUCAAACACACCCACCUCCUCCGUCCCCUCAGCCACCGUCACCCCCAUCAACGAGGGCUUCCUCCCGCAAUCCGAGUUUGAUGUGAUGCGGGCUGCGAAUCGCAGGAAAAGUGCCAAGCGGCUCAGUCGGAAUAUGGAGGUGCAGGUAUCCCAGGAAACCAGGAAUGUCAGCAUCGGUAUGGGAAGCAGUGAUGAGUGGUCCGAGUUUCAGGAGAUCAUUGAUUCGACCCCUGAGCUGGACAUGUGUGUGGACCCCCGUGUGUACGGAGGAGGAAACAGCCCCUCCCAGGGCAUCGUGAAUGAGGCCUUCGGCAUCAACACCGACUCUCUCUACCACGAGAUCAAAGACGCCAAGUCGGACAUCAUUGGAGAUGUAGAUGCAGGAGCCGAGCUGCUAGGCGAGUUCUCAGUUCGUGAUGAUUUCUUCGGGAUGGGUAAGGAGGUGGAGAACCUGCUGACAGAGAACAAACAGCUCCUAGAGACCAAAAAUGCUCUCAACAUUGUGAAAAAUGACCUAAUUGCCAAAGUGGACGAGCUGUCUGGGGAGCAGGAGGUGCUGAGGGAGGAGCUGGAGGCUGUGAGGCAGUCCAAGAACAAGGUGGACGCCAGAGUCAAGGAGCUGGAAGAAGAACUCAAGAGGUUAAGAGCAGAGGCUCUCGGUGCGUCCCGAGACUCCAAGGAUGAAGGAGGUGAUGAUUUUUCAUCACCAAUGCAGGAUGGCGACAUGACAAUGACACAGCGGCGGCGGUUCACUCGGGUGGAGAUGGCCCGCGUGCUGAUGGAGAGGAAUCAGUACAAAGAGAGACUGAUGGAGCUGCAGGAGGCUGUACGGUGGACGGAAAUGAUCAGGGCGUCUCGGGAGAGUCCUCAAAUCCAAGAGAAAAAGAAAUCCACCAUCUGGCAGUUUUUUGCACGUCUCUUCAGCUCAUCGUCCAGCCCUCCGCCUGUCAAGCGGCCGUACUACAGCGUCAACAUUCACUACAAGUCGCCCUCGCCGGCUGGUUUCUCUCAGCGACGUAGCCACACCAUGUGCCAGAUCUCCACCUCCAACCGCACGCUGGAGUUCUUCCCCGAAGAAUUGGCCAGUAACGGUGUUGCGUCUCUCCUCAGUGACUCGGCACUGUUGGCUCGCCGAGAGCAGCGGCGUGAACAGUACCGGCAGGUCCGCGAGCACAUGCGCCGCGAUGACGGCAUCAUGCAGGCCUGUGGCUGGAGUGUGCCGUCUCGCUUCAAACAGACUGGUGGUCAGACGGACAGCGCUCAGGACAGCCCACUGAAGAGACAACAGACCACUAAUGAAAAAGAAGACAACCGCAUGAAGAACGUGCCCGUCCCGGUUUACUGUCGUCCUCUGGUGGAGAAGGACCCCAACAGGAAGUUGUGGUGUGCAGCUGGCGUGGACCUGACAGGAUGGAGGGCCAGCAGUCAGGAGUCCAUACCAGCCAAAGCACUGUCAGGCGGCGGUGACCCGCUGCACGCUGAAGAAAACGGAGUUGGCAAGAAGAGCAGCCACAGCUCCCCAGAGAAGAGGAAGUCGAAGGAGCUCCAGGAAACAGACACCAUGAGCAGUCGAGUGUGGAUCCUCACAAGCACACACUCUGCCAGCAAGGUGGUCAUCAUCGAUGCCAACCAGCCGGGCUCACUGGUCGACCAGUUCAACGUCUGCAACGCCCACGUGCUCUGCAUCUCCAGCGUGCCGGCUGCCAGUGAGAGCGACUAUCCAGCUGGAGAGAUCGUGUUGGAUCCAGGUGACGGAGGAGCAGGGGGCGGAGGCGAGGACACAGGCAGCGUUGAGGGCAUGCUGGCUGGUAUCACUCUUGUUGGCUGUGCCACUAAUUGCAGCGUUGCCCGUAGCAACUGCUCCUCACGCACUGACACGCCCAUCAUGGACAAAGGACAAGCCCCCACUGCUCCUCCAAUGAAUGGAAAGAUUCACCCCGCCCAGUCGGCCGAGGAGGCCACAGAGGCCACCGAGGUUACAGAGUCAACGGCCAGCCACGCAGAGAUGAGAUCUGGACCUCCAGGGCCGUUUACUGAGCACGUCUUCACCGACCCUCAGCCUCGACUAGCAGACGCCUCUGACAGGAGCUCAGGUCAAUCCAAAGAGGAAACUUCUCAGCCUCCAGAGUCGGAGGACGGAGGCGAAGAGUCAAAGAACUACACCAGCGUGGCCCCCACCAUGUGGCUCGGGGCCCAGAACGGCUGGCUCUACGUCCACUCAGCGGUUGGAAACUGGAAGAAGUGCCUCCACUCCAUCAAACUCAAAGACUCUGUGCUCAGUCUGGUACAUGUGAAAGGUCGUGUGCUGGUUGCCCUCGCUGACGGGACCCUCGCCAUAUUCCACAGAUCAGAGGAUGGUCAGUGGGAUUUGUCCAACUAUCACCUAAUGGACCUCGGUCGACCUCAUCACUCCAUCCGCUGCAUGGCUGUGGUCCACGAUAAGGUUUGGUGCGGCUACAAGAACAAGAUCCACGUCAUUCAGCCCAAGAGCAUGCAGAUCGAGAAGUCAUUCGAUGCCCACCCACGCAGGGAGAGUCAGGUGCGGCAGCUAGCGUGGAUCGGUGACGGUGUUUGGGUAUCGAUCCGGCUAGACUCGACCCUACGUCUCUACCAUGCGCACACACACCAGCACCUGCAGGACGUGGACAUUGAGCCAUACGUCAGCAAGAUGUUGGGUACCGGCAAGCUGGGUUUCUCUUUUGUGCGAAUCACGGCGCUUCUGAUUGGUGGAAAUCGUCUCUGGGUAGGAACUGGGAACGGCGUGAUCAUCUCCAUCCCACUGACAGAGACGGUGGUCCUUCACCGGGGACAGCUCCUUGGUUUGAGGGCCAACAAGGUGUCUCCUACAUCGUCCGGCGGUGUGAUCCACGUGUACGGCGACGACGGCUCUGAAAAGAGCACCGGCAGCUUCAUCCCUUACUGCUCCAUGGCACAAGCUCAGCUCUGUUUCCAUGGACACCGUGAUGCUGUCAAGUUCUUCGUCUCCGUACCAGGCAAUGUUCUGGCCACGCUAAACGGCAGCGUGCUGGACAGUCCAUCGGAGGGGCAGGGGUCAACAGCGCCGCAAGAGACGGAGGCCCAGAGUGUGCAGAACGUGUUGGUGCUGAGUGGAGGAGAGGGCUACAUCGACUUCCGUAUAGGAGAUGGAGAGGACGAUGAGACGGAGGAAGGAGACAGCAGCAGCAGCAGCGGCGGCGGCGGUGGAACCUCACAGAUAAAACCUGCUUUGUGUAAAGCCGAGCGGAGCCACAUCAUCGUCUGGCAGGUGUCUUACAUUCCCGAGUGACACCUGAUCUGCUUUAACACCCACUCAUCUCCUUAAAGAAAUCUCCUCCUGCCCCCCGAAAGCUUCCAGCCACCUUGUAAUUAUCCCCGGUCAUGUAAAAGUUCCCCUUUGGCUCUAAAACGACCCUCCAAGCCGUGCAUCGUCCCCUGUAACUACGAUACCCCCGCCCCUGCCCCGUCACCUUGUAACUUUAAUGCCUUGUAAGUACCUCCUCUGAUCUAGUAAUCUGCCUGCCAUCCUGUUUCUGUCCCACCCAGGGCAUUGUAACUAUCAUGAGCCUUGUAACCCAGCCUCAUAACUACCUCCCUCCUCUGUAUCGAUCUUAUAUUCACCCUGUAAGCACACUGUAUCUCCUCCUAUAUUUACCUCAAUUGUCCUGCAUCUGCCCCAGAGUUACUCCUCCUCCUCCUCCUCCUCCUCCUCUUCCUCCACUUAGUUUGUCAUCUGUGAAGCAUCCGCCUCGUCUUUAAGCAAAGCCCCAAAAUGCAACAAUUGUACCAACAACAAAAAAAAAACCAAACAAGAAUGGCAGGCACAGACAUGUGAAUGACAGCACUGACUUGCAUUUCCAACCACUCCACCAACCAUUUUAUGCCGAAUGUUUAAGUGGAGUUAACGGAUGCGGGCGUUUACGGAUCGACAGUGACGGUGUGUGUGAGCGGCUGCAGGCGUCUGGUUUUGGCUUUAAGAUUGUAGUGGAUGGCGAACGAGUUUGGGCCACAUUUUAAGACGAACAAAUGGAAAGUCGACAAUUAAACACAGAAGUCUGGGGUUUUUUGGCUGUUAUUUAAAAUACUUUUCAUCCAAUGUGGCAGUCGCAUCUGUUUAAAGAGUCUCGAUUAAUGAGGUUUGCUCAUUUUUGACCCCUGAUUAAAAAGAAAUUAAGUUCUUUACUUGCACAAUUUAGUUUAACGGAUCUGUUUGACUUCCUGUCAGCUCUUCAUUAACUCUUCCUCCACCUCCUUAGUGACCCCAGUGGAUUCUCAGUUAGCUUUGUACAUAUUGUUUACGGUAGUUACUGUUUUUUUUGGGGGGGGGGGGGUUUACCCUGUUUUUGACCAUUUUCACAAUCGCUGGUGUGUAACUGACACAGGUGUUUGCUAGCCAUUGUAUGACGCCAACGUUGGCUUGAUUUUUCAGAGAUUAAUCCACAUUUGAUGGCUAUGGCUCUCUUACACUCUGCUUUGAAGAGUAAAGUGACUGAGGCACACCCAGUGUUUGGCAGCUUUCUUGCUAAGAUUUAGCAGCUUUUUAGACCUUAGCGACUUUUAUUUUUACCAAAAAGUGACUGUAUUUACUCAAGUUUCUCACCAAAAACUACAAUAUACAAGAUAACAUUUGAACGCUUGAUUUAAAAUUAUAUUUUCCUUCCGAUUGCAUCAAAAUAUGACUAAAUGCAACCUCCGUCUGCAUCAAUGAUCCAUUUUGUAUUCAAAACUACGAUUUUUGAUGAAAUGUGUCAAGUUUGCACCCUCGAUAUCACACUGUAAUUUGUUCCCAUGCAUACAGCUCAGAGCAAUCGCAGGCCGCGGCUCUUUCAGCCUCAGCGCGGGGUCUCUCCUCCUCUCUCCUCUUGUGCCAUGCAGUAGGUGUGGAGGAGGAGCUGGGUCCAAAACUGUAUUAAAGUACACAAUACUACAAUGUACUUGCACCCCCGAUAUUACUCAGAGUAUCUCAGUCCAUGGCUCUUUUGACAUCAGCAUGCACUCUCUCUCUCUCUCCUCUUGUGCGGUUCAGUGGGUGUGAGACAGGAGGGACGAGAGGAGACGCCCCUUGCUGUGGGAGUUCAGUUUUAGUGAGUUUCCAUGGUUACGUUGGCAUACUCGCUCUCUAGAUUGGAAGCGCAGGAAAGAGCUACUCUACAGUAAAAGCUCUAUAACUCUCAUGCCAUGCAAAUGUUUUGUUGAGGAUUUUUUUUAAUUGAUCUAAUUCAGGGAAGUUUUAAUGCUUCCAUUUAUGCUGAUGAUGUUGCCAAUAUGCAAGUGACGUCUCCUGGCAACUUUUAGAGCUAGUGCUAGCUGCUUUAAUUGAAAAAAGUUGGCAAAACUGUGUACAACUGCUAAUUAAAAUGGUCAAAAACACUGCAAAAAAAACAAACAGUAAAUACUAUUAACAUGUACAACACACUAACUGUUAAAACUGAACUAACUGAAGGAUGAUAAAUCUUUAAGGUGGGAGGAAGGUAACGUCACUGUAGAGCUGACAGGAAGUAAGCAGACGUGAAAUUUGUGAGACAGAUCACACUACGUUGUGUAAGUAGAGAAUAAUGACUUUGUGCGGUAACAAAUGAUAACUACGUUGUGCAGCUGUCUGAUGUAAGUCAAAGAGUCAUGCUGGAGUCGCGUGAACACGGUUGUUAAAGCAGUCGAAUGUGUCGAGGCUUCAGUCUGAGACUAAUUUCUCUCCUCUGACUGGCUGUUGAUCAGACGGUUGGUUGUAAAGCAGGUGAACAGUGAUGUGUCGUCAUUACGUGUACAGGGAUUAUUGUAAAUCUCCAGACACACUGAAGCCCAUCCUCUUUGUUCAGUAUGGAAAUUCAUGCAUCGAUCUCUAUCUGUGUGGAUUAUAUUAAACAUAUUUGUGUGCUGAAAAACGUA